AUGUUCCAAAAGAAACACACACAACAACAACUAUUGUCACACGAAAAUCUCUCCAUCACUUGCUCCAAUCUCUUCAAACUUUUCAAUCAUGAAUUAUAUUCCGAUUUCAAAAUCAAACUUCCAACUUGUCAACAAACGAUUUACGUUUCGAAAGGAAUUCUCGCCAUGAACAGUGAAUUUUUUGCGACCCUUUUUCAACAACCACCAAACAAUUCGAUGCAAUUUCAAGAAUUUGUUCAACAAGAAUUACAAGUCACUGGUGGUGCUUCUGAAGAAAAUUGUCUUUUAAAAAUCAUUCAAUUUUUUUACUCUGGAAAAAUUGAAUAUUCACUGACAAGUGGCAGUGGUGUUGAAAAUCAAUCCAAUGGUUCAUUGUUGGAAAUUUUGGAUUUAUUACUUGUCUCGAAACAAUAUAUGGUUACAAAUGGAUUGGUUCAACACUUUUUGGAUAUACUUUUGAAGAAUAUUAAAGCAGAGAAUUGUUUUGAAUUGUUUUUUCGAGUGGCUGUGAUGGAUCACGAACAAGAUGUGCAUUUGAAACCACUUUUUGAGAAGAUUAUUCAAGUGAUGGCUUUUUCUUUUUCGACUAUUCUUGAAAAGAAUUGA